AUGAAUGAUCUGCGCGCAGAGCCUGCGGAGCGCCUGGUCGUGGGGCACACGCCGUCGGCGGGAGCAGAGGGGCUGCCGGUGGUGACGCCAGGUGACCCAGAAGGCCCUGCCCGUGUGGCCAUGGCAGAUCUUCUCGUGUCCCUGCGGGUGGCUUCCUCACCAUGGACCAGCAGCUGUGGGAGCUGCAGGUGUAUCUUCUGCUGCCAGCUCUCCGGUGUAGGAGAGAAGGGCGGGAGUUUUACACACACGCACGCGCGCACGUCCUCUGCAGGGGUCCUGGGCCGUGCACAGCCCGCGCAGGUGCAGUGUCUGCAGGGGUCCAGGCGCUUACUGCCGACGUGCUGCCCGGGGGCCUGGGGGUCACGCUGCGGGUGGUGUGUGGCCCUGUGGCCCCCCCUCGACCGAGCCCGCUCAUGCCCUCCGUGCUCUGCUGUUUCAGAGCAGACCUACUGCGACCGGCUGGUCCAGGACACGCCUUUCCUGAUGGGCUACGGGCGCCUCAGCGAGCAGCAGGUGGACAGAAUCAUCCUCCAGCUGAACCGCUACUGCCCCCAGAUCCUCAGCAACAGCGAUGCAGAGAAGUUCCGGAAUCCCAAGGCGUCCCUGCGCAUGCGGCUCUGCGACCUGCUGGGCCACCUGCAGCGGAGCGGCGAGCGGGACUGCCAGGAGUUCUACCGCGCCCUGUACAUCCACGCGCAGCCCCUGCACAGCCGCCUGCCCAGCCGGCUGGCCCCGCAGAACUCAGAUUGCACAGAGCUAGACUCGGGCACCGCGGGCCACGGGCUCAGUGACAGGGGACCCGUGGCUUUCCUGGCCUGCCUCGGCCUGGCCGCGGGGCUGGCGCUCCUCACCUACUGCUGCCCUCCAGACCCCAAGGUGCUGCCAGGGGCCCGCCGCGUCCUGGGCUUCUCCCCCAUCAUCGUCGACGGGCACGUCAGCCGCUUCCUGCUGGCCUUCCUCACAGAUGAGCUGCGGGGGCUCUGACGACCCUGCCCCCCCACCUCCCACCAAAGAACCCGCCUGCCCACCCGGGGGGCCACCACUUCUUUUCUAAUUGCUUAUUUUUCACUAUUUAUACUUUUUUAAGAAAGUUACCUUCGCCUGACAAAGGUGCUCAACAAUAUUAAACGUUGGAAUCUCA